AUCACUCUUCGGUCUUCUCCCUCCUCUGGAGCUCUUCCAUGGCGGGAUUCUAGGGUUUUCGCUCACUUGAUUUCGGUACUCUUUUGCAUUUAAAUGCCACAGUUUUAGUAUUACCUUCUCUUUUUCAUUCUUUGUUCCUCUUCUUAUUUACUUCUCUGCUAUACUGGUGUGUGUUGUUUGUAAAUAGCCGUGCAUUAUAUGUUUAUUUUGCGGAGAGGAGUACCUUUUUCCGUAUGGAGAUGAUUGCUUCGCAUAUGAAACUUGCGGACUGGAAGCAGAGUAGUCUCUGCCAAGCGCAUGAACAGUUGCAUUCGGAGGCUUCUAAGUUUUUGUUGUUUAGUCUUCAAUGGAAGGACUUGGAAACGCACUUCGAUUCGACUCGAGAAAUGAUUCAGACGCAGUACGAGGAGCUUGAGAGGCGGGAGAAGGUGAUUGCCUCGAAGGAAGAGGAGUUGGAUGAUGUGAAGAAGUCUAUUCAUGAAUGCUCGAAAGAGCUUGAGUUGAAGAAGAACGAACUGAUCGAGUUGAAUCGUUUGAUUGAGAAAUGUGAUGGUGAGCUUAGAUUGAAAGAGGUGGAUUUGGAUGCAGCGCAGGAGAGACUAGGGAUUUUGUUGAAGGAUUUUAAAUUGAAAGAAGAUGAGGUUAAUAAGGUAUGCAUCACAGUCUUGGACGCCGAGGAGUGUAAGGAGAAGGAGAAGCCAUUUGAUAUGGUUCAAAAGAGGAUUGACGAUUGUGAGCUGGUUAUGGAAUUAAAUGAACAGAAAUUAAAUGAGAUAAUACAGUUAAUUGAGGAGCGGUCAAUGAAAUGUGAGUUGAAGGGGACGAGUGUAGAAUCGAUAAGAGCAUUGCUUCAAGAACAUGAAGAAGAGCUUGCAGCUAAGAUGGCAAUUAAAGAUACCAACGGAAAACUCAAAUUGAAAGAAAAGGAUCUUGAAACAAUUCUUAAUAUGAUUACCACUAAGUGGAAAAUGGAGAGAUUUGACAAGAUAGAAAAGUCUAUAAAAUUGCGGACUCAAGAACUUGAUCUUAAAGAGAAGGAGUUUGGUUUACUGCAGAACAAGUUGAAGGUUCUUUCUGAAGAUGUGUUAUCAAAGGAAUCAGAGUUAGAAUCCAUCAAAAGGUGUAUCAAGGAACAUAGUAAAGAACUUGAUGUACAGGAAAAGCAACUUGAUGGCACUCAACAAUCUAUUCGAGAUUGUCAGAAUGCGCUUAUAUUGCUUACUAAAUAUGUUUAUUCAAUAGAAAAGGCAAUUGUUGAAUGCUCAAAGGAAUUGGAGUUCAAGGACAAUAACCUUGAUUCAUUGCAAGCGUCUGUGGAUGACUACUCUACCGAGUUGCCAUCAAUGAUGAAACAACAGAACUCCAUUUCUUUGAUAGUCGAUAAAUGUCUUGAAGGUCUAAAAACUCGAAAAGAGCAUUACAAUUUGUUGAGAAAAUCAAUAGAACAACGCUCAAAGAAUCUCAAGAACAAAGAAAAUGAUUUUCAAAGACAGACAGAAGAACUCAACAAGAAGGAUGAGAAAGUAAGCAUUUCUCUGAAAGAGAUUGAAUCCUUAAAAACAGAUAUGGAUUCACAGAUGAAAUUGGUGGAAAAAGGCCGUGAAGAACUAAGAUUAAAAGAAAUACAAUGCAAGUUGUGGGCUGAGAAACUCGAGUCAAAAGAAAAAGAUAUCAAUCUAGCCAGGACUUCGAAAGAUAAUUGUAAUGAAAAGGUAAAAUUGUUGGGUGAUCCAAACAUUCUUCCUCUGAAAGUAAAAACUGAGGAAUUAGGGAGCAGAACUGCUGAAAGUUCUAUGACUUUGAAUUUUCAUUCAGGAUCAGCCGUAGAUGGAAAGCUUUUGUUAGUUCUUUUAUGUGAGCAUCUGAAACUGCAUGAUUUGGUACGCACAGAAGUGUUUAUGACUCUUCAAGCAUCUUCCGAUCGUGCAAAGUUAGUUCUAGAUGCUAUGAAAUGGUUCUACCCUCCACAUGUGGUGUCCGAAGAUGCAAAAGUCGAUUUGCAUAAUGUCAAGAGGGGAUGCAUUUUGCUGUGUGAACUAUUAUUGAAGUUCUCACCACAAAUUACGCCUUCACUGAAAGAAGAAGCUCUAAAGCUGGCAGUCCAGUGGAAGGCUAGGAUGUCAAUGACAAGUGAGAAUCAUGUGGAAGUGGUGGCAUUCUUGCUACUUAUAGCUAAUUUUCAGCUGGCCUCAGAUUUUAAUUCAGAGGAAUUACAUAUUCUUCUGAAUUCAGUUUCACAAUAUAAACAAGGAUUUGAGCUAGCCCGAGCGCUUGGUAUUGGAGAUAAAUCUUCUGCUCCUAGGCUGGUUAAACUGGAGCAACCUGAAUCAUUGCCGGACAAUGAAAUGCCGGUCUUUUCCUUAAAAAAUAAGCAGCAGAACAUGGAUUCAAAUGAGAAGAGAUUAUAUUUACUUUUGAACAAGCAUUUGACUGAACAGAAAUUGAUGCCAAGUGCAAUCUUAUCGAUUCUUAAAGAGUCGUCAAACGCUCCAAAACUUGUCUCGGAUGUGAUUCAAGUUUCUUUUCAUCAACAGUUGAAGUUACAGGUAGGUUUUGAAGAAAGUUUCUUGAGGUGGUCCACACUUCUUUUAAAGCAAUUAAAGCAAAUCUCACCAAGUAUUGAUACAAAGGUGAGAGAAGAUGCAUUGAAGCUUGCAGUUGACUGGAAAUUGAACAUGAAAAGUGAUGCAAAUGAUUAUUUGGACGUUGUUGGCUUCUUGCAACUUAUAGCGUCAUAUGGAUUGACGACUUCAUUCAGCGAGGAAGAGAUCUUAAAGCUCUUAGAGAAAAUAGUGCUGCAUGAACAGGCAUCGGAGUUGUGCCUGAUGUUCGGGUAUAAUCAAAAGAUACAAGAAAUUGUACAAAAUCUGAUUGGAACAAAGCAAUUUGUUAAGGCCGUCAGGUUUAUAUGUGGAUACAAGUUGGAAUGCUUUCGACCUGUACAGAUUCUGAAUGAAUAUCUGCGAGAUGUAAGGAAUGCCACUGUAAAAGUCAGCAAUAAACACGAUACAGGACAGGACGAUGUACGUGCUGCCAUGGAUGAAGCCAUAGACAAGGAGAUAGAUGCUGUGAAGUCGGUAAUUACAUGCGCUGCAGAUUGUAACCUUAGUUCUGAAAUCUCAUCUCAAGGGCUUCAAAACCUCAUUGUUUCUCUUAAAGAUAUGAAAAGGAAGAAACGCAACAUCCAUGGUCAACUGCCAGAUUUGACCACGGGUAAUAUGCAACAGUCACAUUCCAUCACUGUCCAAUCACAACAACGUCCACAUCCAACCAAAGGCAAAAUGCAAGCGCAACAACCGAACCCAACCCAUCAAUCGCUGCAGCAACAUCAUCCUAACCAUCAACAGCAUAUGCCGAAGAAACGUAAAACAAAUCAGGGUCAAAGUGGUUCAACGAAAUACCCUCAGAAACCUCCACCAAUUAGACCUGCGCUUUCGAAUUUAUCUCCUAGAGUAAAUAACCAAUAACCAAAGUUCCACUAGUACAAUUCAAGAUUUUCUGGAAUGCAUUGGCUGCUUGGUCUCCAUGUGGAUGGUCAUGAAUCAACUGAACGUGGAAAUCGUUGUAGGCGCCCAACCAGGCGUAGACUAUAAUCCUAAGCCUAGGUAUGUUUUCCAACUAAUCUAAUGUUAUUGGUUUGGUUGGAUAGUUGGUCAUACUGUAGAAUGCUUUAGGAGCAGUGUCUAGAUUUUGUAUCAUAUAUGGGCAAUAUAAUAGUUGCCUCUCUAGAAGAGAGUAUUUUUCUCUUCUAUCCCAAGUGUUCACCUUGCAAAAUUGUAAAGUUAGUUUUGUGGAUUUUUGCAUGGUUGAUCAAGAUGGAAGGAUUAAUGUCGACAUCCACAUGUCAUAUUUAAAGAUAUAUGGAUGUAUAUUUUUUGAAAAAGAAAUAAAGGAUAGAUAUCUUGUAGGAAUUUUAUGAAACCAUCAUUUGUUAAGGUUUGCCAUCUCUAUGUAAUGCCUACCUAGGGGUGGCCUUGUUGGCUAAGGUGUGCAAUCUUUUGGUCUUCGACCAAAAGAUACUUUGUUGCUACCCUUCACCUUCA